AUGGCAGCAGGCGCCUGGGGUGGAUCUGCUACCAGCGCAGCGAAGCUGGAGGAGCUGGUGAAGGAGUAUGGCAAGCCGGAUGCCAGCAUCGGCGACGCCUCCUUCUCCGUGGCAAAGGAGGCCCUGCACCGCCCCUGCUCCCACACGUGCGGCGAGAGCGGCAACUGCCUGGCGUUUGCCGCCCGCGACAAGUCAGGGCACCUCGAGCCCUACCGCUUCGACCGCCGCCCGGUUGGGCCUGACGACAUCCGCAUCCAGAUCACCCACUGCGGCAUCUGCCACUCCGACCUGCACCAGAUCCGGGGGGAGUGGGGCAACUCCAAAUGGCCCAUGGUGCCGGGACACGAGAUUGUGGGGGUGGUGACCGAGGUCGGCGCCGCCGUGACCGACUUCAAGGCGGGCGACCAUGCCGGCGUCGGCUGCAUGGUGGACAGCUGCGGCGAGUGCGAGCAGUGCAAGGAGGGGGAUGAGCAGUACUGCCCCAGCUGCAUCUUCACCUACAACUCCACAGCCCCCGACGGCACCAUCACCCAGGGCGGCUACUCAACCCAUGUUGUGGUGAAGAGCAGCUUUGCCGUGCGGGUGGCCAAGAGCCUGCCGCUGGACGGGGCGGCGCCGCUGCUGUGCGCCGGCAUCACCACCUACUCGCCUUUGAAGUACUUUGGCCUGGACAAGCCCGGCAUGGCGAUUGGCGUGGUGGGCCUGGGCGGCCUGGGCCACAUGGUGGUCAAGUGGGCCAAGGCGUUUGGGUGCACAGUCACCGUCAUCUCCACCUCCCCCAGCAAGAAGGGCGAUGCGCUGGAGCGGCUGGGCGCCCACAAGUUUGUGGUGAGCCGCAGCGAGGAGGAGAUGAAGGCGGCGGCGGGCACCCUGCACGGCAUCAUCGACACGGUGGCGGCCAAGCAUGAGCUGGCACCCUACCUGCCGCUGCUGAAGACCAACGGCAAGUAUGUGAUCGUUGGCCUGCCACCCGAUCCGUUCCAGAUGCACGCCGGCGUGGUGGUGACCCGGCGCCUCACUGUGGCUGGCAGCAUGAUUGGCAGCAUCCGCGAGACCCAAGAAAUGAUGGAUUUUGCGGCUGAGCAUGGCAUCACGUGCGACAUUGAGAAGAUCCCCAUCGAGUACUGCAACCAGGCCAUGGAGCGCAUGGAAAAGAAUGACGUCCGUUACAGGUUCGUGCUGGAUAUUGCCGGCUCGCUGAUUGCCGGCUGA